CGGGCAACUGUCAAGAGUGAAAUCACCGAGUGAAAUAAUUUCUCACCUACCACAUAAUCGUAAAAUAAGAGAAUCAAAGCAACUCCAUUUUAGAUAAGAGUUGGGCUCAAUUAAAAUCGUAAUCCAAAUAAGCCAAUCGUAGAAGACAAUUAGAUUUAUCGGUUAAUUUAAAUCCACGUUGACAUGACAUUUGUUUCCGCUGUCAGUGAAUGGAUUGACUUUGAUCAUUUGACAAGACUGGAGCCAAUGAAAUCGCAUUGAGGUCGAAUGUUGUGGUUGGUCAAUGAGAGAGUGAGGAAAGCCAUACUGGACCGCGCACAAAGGGUGAAUUUUAUGAAAAGGGGUGACUGCCGGUGAUGGACAAUGAGCAGCCACAUCAGGAGCUGGUGAAGUGCGUUGUUGUUGGUGAUACUGCUGUUGGUAAGACCCGGCUGAUAUGCGCUAGGGCCUGCAACAAGCAUGUAUCACUAUCUCAAUUGCUAACCACCCACGUGCCGACAGUAUGGGCCAUCGACCAGUACCGAAUUUACAAAGACGUUCUCGAACGUUCCUGGGAGAUCGUCGACAACGUCAACGUCUCCCUGAGACUGUGGGACACCUUCGGGGAUCAUGAGAAAGAUCGCAGAUUUGCGUAUGGAAGGUCUGACGUGGUGCUGCUAUGCUUUUCGAUCACCAACCCCGUAUCCUUGCGCAAUUGCAAGGCUAUGUGGUAUCCGGAGAUCCGGAGAUUUUGUCCACAGACACCUGUACUCCUCGUUGGUUGCAAGAAUGAUCUGCGAUACAUGUAUCGGGAUGAAACUUAUCUGAGUUACUUCAGGGAUCGUAGCCCAUUCGUUAGAGCAACCCGAAAGAGUGAUCUCGUCAUGCCGGACCAGGCACGAGCAGUUGCCAGGGAACUUGGUGUUCAUUACUACGAAGCCAGUGUUUUUACUUAUUAUGGGGUGAAUGAGGUUUUUGAAAAUUCCAUUCGUGCUGCACUCAUAGCACGCAGACAGCAGAGAUUUUGGAUGACUAAUUUAAAACGAGUACAACGUCCACUGCUACAAGCACCAUUCUGCCCACCAAAACCAAUACCACCUGAAGUGUGUCUAGCGGCAAGCACUUACGAGGAAAAUAUGAAAGCACUUUGGAUUCGUCCAGUGCAUACUGAUGUCACUUUAAUCGCUGGUAGCAUGAAUUUUGCUGCACACAGGUGUCUACUUGCUGCAGCAUCACCAGCUUUUCACAGACUAUUCUCCAUGGAGCAUGAGUUGACACCGAGGAGCUCCAGUGAAUCGAGCAUGGUGAGCACUUUUGGAGAAGCUACAGUCGGUGACUUCAAUGAUGACACCGAGUGCUUGAUUCGUACCGAUCAGGUCAAACCAGCCAAAGUUUGGGAGCAAUUGAAGCGUCGCUCGAGUUUUCAGGUACUGCCGACAAUGGACCAGAGGAAAGCAAAUGGUGCAAUGCGAGAGCUCAAUCAUCCGGCAUUCCAAACAAUUCGCAUCACCCUGACGGAGAGUGUCAAUGGUGUCCAGCAGCCAACAACAAUUGUCACACUAUCGAAACUUAUUACGCCCCAGGCCAUGCAACAGUGUCUUCAAUUUAUCUACACCGGAAGCCUCGACAAACGCUACCAUGAUCUACAAACAGCUCCUAUUGGGCUACUACUGGAGAUCAAACAGGCCGCUGAAUUUCUUGAUCUGCCACAAUUACGGAUGGUCCUUGGGAGUAUUCAGUCGAGGGCACAAUUCAUGAACAGUGAUCUGAAUAAUCAAUACAAACAGGUUGUGAGACAGCGGCUAGAGGAUAUUUGUUUGGAUCAAGGUCUAUUCGCUGAUGUUGUCUUUGACUUGGACGACGGUAGCAUGCCAGCACAUCGAGCAAUUCUAACAGCACGGUGUGACAUGAUGAAAGCCAUGUUUUCUGGUGAUUUUCGUGAGAGCAGUGCUAAAGUGAUUGUUUUUCCUGGUGUUCGCGAGUACACAUUCCACAAGCUUCUGUGCUAUUUAUACACCGACGAGGUACCCGCAAUAUCAUCAGGCAGGUGUUUGAAUCUCCUGGAAUUGGCGAAUCGGCUGUGUCUACCUCGCCUUGUUAAUCUCGUUGAGAGCCGAGUGAUUGAAGAUUUAGACAGGCUAGCCCAGAACGACGGAAAUGAGGCUGUCGAGAACUGUCUUAGGCUGCUAGAGCCUUGCAAGUUGCACAAUGCCGAUCAACUUGCCGACUGGUGUAUGGAUCAUCUGUGUGUUAAUUAUAAUAAACUGUGUAAAAUGUCACCGAGAAGUGUGAGACUUUUGCAUCCAGAGAAUCAGGAAUAUUUGAACGAACAUCGAUGGCCACCUGUUUGGUACUUGAAGGAUUACGAUUACUACCAAAAAUGUCUAGCCGAGCAUGACAAAGAGAACAAACCCACUCUGAAACGUAAUCGUAAUCAAUCAGGCUGUUUAUGUUUCUCAGGAUCGAGCAAGAGUCGACGUGAGGAAACUGGUACAACAAGUUCAACAACAGAAACACCAGCUGAUCGUCCACUUUUCGAUGCCUCCACCGAAUCUGGUGAGAUCGUAUGACAAGAGCCAAGCGGCAUAAGCCGCUCAUUCAGAUUCAUUCUGAUACUACUCGUGCUCAUGGUAUUCAUUUGCACGAUUUUUACCAUUUUGAUACUGCUACAAAUUUAUACUUAAGUUAAUUAACAAUACAAAUGGCGAAAAAAUAAAACAGAAAAUAAUGUGGGCGAUAUAAGAACGUUAGCAUGGAAAAUUAUACGAGGGAGAAUAAUAAUCGGAGAUCAUUUCAAUUUGUUUGAUUGACGCCAAAGUGCGAGACAGACGUCAGAGUAACUCAUCUUCUAUUUGUUUGUCAAGCCGAAUAUUAUAUAUAAAAUAUAUGAUAUAAUUACUAUUAGCUCAUUGGCGUGGCACAAUGAAAGUAUUUGAAAGUGUUUUGCCGUUAGUCUGUGAACGUUAUCUUGACUAUUUGUUGAGUCCGAAUUGAGAUUGAGGCUAUUCUGCGGAAUAAUUAUCGUCGAAGACUAACGUUGAGAUUUCUAUAAAUGAUAUAUUAGGAGUGAAGUGGACAACAGAUGAAUGUAUCAAUGAUUUUGCUGAUUAUAUUGGACAGUUUUUCGAGGAACAACUCCCCAGGAAUUACAAAAAAUCUACACCAACAAUUGUAUAUUUCAUCUUACUUAUCCACUUCACAAGAGAUUUGUGAGAAUAAUAAGUAAGGGUGUCAGUAUUAGUGACUGUGAGAAAUACUAUUAAUUAUUUGUAUUUUAUUUGUGGAGAGUUCUUAUCAGUGACGAAUUGUUGAAUGAAUAAUGAAUGUCCAAAGCAAAGGCUGGAAAUGGUGCGAGUAGAAUAACACAAUAAGAGACUGGCUUGUAGACUAGGAAUUAAAUGAGAUUCGUCGGAUUCGAUUAAUGAUUAUAAAUCAUCUCAAUAAUUUUGUUGGGCUUCACUGACAGACGAAAUCAUUUUAGAUGUUUAUAUUUUUUCAGUGUGCUACUUAGCAACAAAAUAUCAAAUCCGAUUCCCAUCGUGUAUUAUUAAUUGAUGAAGGUAGUAAUCAGUCGAGACAAAUAUAUUUUUCGUAGUUCAAUACCCAUACAUCCACGAUAAUCAUUCGGACAACUUCAACCUGGGGCUAGAAUGAUAAUGAAGGAAUGCGAGAGGAAGAACAAUAAGCAUAUCAAUAUUCAAUUUAAAAAAAACCGAAUGAAUGAAUGAAUAAUGGCUCAUGCUGAAUUGAAGACAGAAAUCGCGAAGAGGUGCGACUAUAAUAGAAUUCCACUGUACUCCAUUUUUCAAAGUAUUACUCAUCUUUAUUAUUCUAAGCUAGAUAUUUUCUGCAUCGCUAUAUUUAUGACUACAUCGAGAUGAAGUUCAAAAAAUUAUUGAAUGCCGGAGCUGUGCAGGAGAUUAUGGAAAUGAGAAGAAAUUGAAACGCGAGAAUUAUUAACUAGUACUGGCGUAGAUGUAAUGAUUACCGUAAUUUAAUUGUGACUGAGUUGAAUUUACCUAUGAAAAUUUAUUGCAGUGGUUAUGCGACUGAAAAAAAAAGUCGAAAAUCCCAAAGUAAAUAAUGAAGGCAUCUGCAUGCUGGACCAAGCAACUUAAUCAUCUAACUGAUUGUGAAUGUUGUAGUUGCUUAGGAUUUCGAUUAGAUAGUCUACAUCUCGGUGUUUUAAUGAUGCAGACAGAAAAAUUUUGUGUAGCCUCUUCGUUAUUAUUAUUUGAUUUCGAGAGUCUUUGAAUGGAGAGAGGCACAACGGAAUACGCGAUGGAUCAUUUUAAUGAGGGGAAAAGAAUAGUGGACACGUAGAAAUAUUAUUGCUAUCGGCUAUGUCAAUUUCCAAUGUCAAUGUUAUUAUGUAUAAAUUAAAUAAGCUAUCAUUUUUUACUGGAUACAUGAAGAGUGAGAAAAGACAGUGUAGGGAGUGAGAUAAAGUCAGUAAAAGGUAAAAUACCUUUGGCAAAAUGGUAAAAUGAGUGAAAUCAUUUGAACGAGUCAUAUCAUUCA